AUUCAAAAUUGUCGCCAGGCUCAGUUUCUUCGCGAGCGCCGGGCGUGCUUGGAAGAGAAGCGCUCCCGCUGCCUUGGUACAGGCUCCUGUAUUUUUCUGGAUUUCUUUUUUUUGUUUGUUUUUUUACCUUAUUUCUUCGGCGGUUUCCCGCGCAGGCGGCUGUACCGGUUGUCCGCGAGCCGGAGGGGCCCUUGAACGGUGCGACGUCUCAGAGCAGCCGGCUGUGGCGGGGGGUCCUUUCCCGGCGCGGUCGCACCGGCGCCCCCCCGCCCGCCAUGUACUACAAGUUCAGCGGCUUCGCUCAGCGGCUCGUCGGGGCCACGGCGGCCGCCGCCUACAACCCGCAGGGACUCAAACCAAUAGUUUCCACUGAAUCCCCAGCUCCGAUUUUUGGGACAACAAGUAAACUUGCUUCAGAUUUUCCAGCAACUGAUUCUUACUUGGCUAAAAACAAGGUACCAGACCUACAGAAAAUUUUUCAGAAAGCAGACGGAUUGCCAGUACACCUGAAACGAGGAGUGCCAGACAGGCUGCUUUAUCGGACCACUAUGGCUCUAACAAUAGGCGGGACUAUCUACUGUCUGGUAGCACUGUACAUGGCCUCCCAACCAAGACAACAAAAAUAAAUGAACCACAGUUCAUGGGACUCUCAACACUUCUCUGAAGGACCUUCUGCAUGCAUCAAUUUGCACUUAAUUCUGUGGUCACGUAGGGUUCAUUAUUCAGAUUAAAUUUCUUGGAGAAAAUGGUUUUACAUUGAUUGCCUUAUGUAUUCUAAAAAACAAUAUAAAUGGCCAAAUACAUAAUUUUAACAUAA